CAAUGCAAAUGCAAUGUCAACUCGUCAAUUAUUUGAUUCAUGGAAUAUUAGGUUCCUUGUUUUGUGGGUGUUAAAAAAAUUGUGAUAGUUUUUACUAAAUAGUGUUUGAAUCUUUGGAAGUUCAAGCGUUGUGUGGCCCGCAAAAUUGGCAGCUGAUUGCCCGAUCCUUACCAUCGUUAAUAUGAAAACCUCUGGAAAUUAGGAUCCUGGUUGUUUAUUUACUAUUUCACUAUAAUAACAAUUCAUUCAUAAAGUACUACCAAGAUAUUUUUGUUGCCAUCAGAGAACUCAGCAAUCUCCUAAUGUCAAUCACAACCAGGUGAGAUUAGAUUUGUAUCCCAAUCAUGCGGUUAAUUGCACUGCAAACAUUUGGUGGCUGAGAGAGAUGAUGCAUCAUUCUGCACAAAAACCUUUUAGAACCUAUUCUUAAAAUAUUGCACUAGCAAUAGGAGAGAUCCCAAAAUGGACAUGGGGGUUCGUAAACUGCCCAAAAAGCGAAAAUUUGAUCCUUCAGAAUUAGAUGAAGGUGGACAACCUAACAGUUGCAUAGCAGUCUCAGUAGUUCAAACCUUACCAAAUGUUACAACUACUGAGUAUCCUUAUAAUCAACAAAAAGUACCUCCUGCACCUCCACCUGUUGACCUUAGUGAAUGGUGCGAUCAUAGAGUGUUAGCUAAGCAAGGUGAUUGGUAUCUUCCCGGCGUAAUUAGGGACGCAGGAGUAGAUUCCAUUACAGUAGUUCUCGAUGAGAAAGGGGAGCGAAAACGAUAUGAAAAUGUGUUUGACAGUGAUUGUUACAAUGUUAUUGGUGAUGCCAGCCCCUCAGUAAAUCAAAUAACUUUGGGUACCAGAGUUUGCGUCCGGCAGAACCAGAGUAUAUUUGUUGAAGGCAUAGUAUGCACAAUUCUGGAUGGUCAGCCAAUACGGUUUGUAGUCGCAGUAAUUGGUGAGAAGUCUUAUGAACUAAGAGUUAAAAGAGCUGAUUUACGUCUAUUGCGACCCCCAUGGUGGGAUGAACUCGAACACUUAGAAUUAUCGACAAAUCAACAAAAUGACUAUGGUCGGUCAUCAACAACUACUCUUCAUACUCCUGUUAGUGCAUGUACUCCAUUGUCUAAUGGAAGGAUGUACGAUGAGUUUUGUGAAAGUGAAGAUGAGUUAAAACAAGAAGGUUUUAGCACUGAAGAAGCGAAACUUUCGGGGGGAAGCAAAAGAAGUAGCAUGCACAGCAGAGGGUCAUCAUCUAGUAGUGUUACUCCAAGUCAACCGGCCACUCCGCACAAAUACAAAAAGGGAGAUGUUGUUUCUAAUCCAAACGGUAUUCGAAAAAAGUAUAAUGGAAAGCAGUGGCGUAGAUUGUGUUCGAAGCCAAAUUGCAAUAAGGAGAGCCAGAGACGAGGCUACUGUUCUCGUCAUUUGAGCCAGAAAGGGAAUGGGCUUAGAGGAACAUUUCCUAGAGCUGGGAGCAAGCAAGACGGUGAAGACACUUCCAGAGAUUCUGAAACAUCUCCGAAUGCUCAAGAUCGACGAGUAACUGGACGAUUUGAUCAAGAGGAAACUGACGUUGCAAAUAUGUUAGUAUCAUUAGGAAGCUCACGGUCCGCAACUCCUGCUGCAUUUUCCCCUGGUACGGCUGGCUCUCCAGUUGCCCGGCUUGGAGGAGUGCCGUCUCCCGUAACUGUAGGUCCUAGGCAGAACGUGUUUUUGCCGAUCGGUGGUGGAGCUCCAGCCUAUCCUCCCUACCAUCAACCAGUAAUAAGACCUGAAUUGGUUCGACCAGUACAAACUGCUCAAAGCGUUAUUCGAGUGUCUCCCAGGCCGAGGCCAUGGGGCAACAUUAACUCAAUAGAAAAUGCGCAAGCUUUACAACACAAUUCCCCUGUUGAGGAGAGGGUUGUUACAUUAGCUCCACAUACUUCAGGGUCAUUAUACAUAGUCCCUCAACACCAAGACCAGAAGAAUUUGAUUGUUAUUAAGAACGUGAUGAAUGGCAGAAUAGACGAAGCUAAAUCUCCACAAAGACGAGUGAUACAGAGUGAUCACAUGCGAAGCGCCCAACCGGCAGUAAUUGUUCAUCCGACUCAGCUUGUUCCAAUUCUGCCUGCCGCUCCUCAAUCUAGAUCAGUACCUGCUGGUGUAAUCGUUACCCCCGAACAAGCCAUUGAGUCGUCAUCUCCUCAGCAAACCACUUCCAAUCUGAUACAGUCUUCUCAAGUCGGUAGUCCCGCGUCUGCUUUUGCAGUGCCCUGGCACGCAAUAGUUCCAAUAUUGUCCGGUGGCAGUGGAAUACACGCUGGAACCAUCUCUCCUAAUAGCAAUGAUAUAUCUGAGACUGAUAUUGCUGAUCAUGAGGUGGUUCCAACUCCUCCCGACGACGAAGAUGACGAUGAUGUCUUUGAAUCUGAAAGCGGUGACAGUUCAGGAGGUAUGGAAAUCGGAAGGACUUCAACCACACCGCAGCGAAGAACCCAAUCUAUGAGCGCAUUACAUGGCAGAGAUGCUAAGAACAAUAAGGAGAGGAUACGAAGACCUAUGAAUGCCUUUAUGAUUUUCUCCAAGCGUCACAGGGGAUUAGUUCAUCAACGACAUCCCAAUCAAGACAAUCGCACCGUGUCAAAAAUCUUAGGUGAAUGGUGGUACGCUUUGGGCCCAGUGGAAAAGAAAAAAUAUCACGAACUAGCCACUGAAGUCAAAGAAGCUCACUUUCGGGCGCAUCCAGAAUGGAAAUGGUGUAAUAAGGAUAGGAGGAAAUCAUCUACAGGAUCCGGGAGGAGCAAAUUGAGUUCAACAGGAGAAUGCGAUAUUCCAGUUAGCCCUGGUCAGACUGAACGGCAGGUUGAUGAUGAAGACGACGAUCACUUGGUUAUUGCCGAUCCCCUGAGUCUAGAAAUUGACUUGAAAUGUAAAGAAAAAGUUACUGAUUCCGACUCUGAGUCUCAUUAUGAAGCUGAUGGCCCUCCACAGUCAAGCGGCGCUUUCAAUACAGCUACUGCCACUUCGUCGAACCAUUUGUCAUAUUUUCAGCCACGAGGAAGCCAUUUUAAAACAGUACCUUAUUCUCCUCAAUCAAUUAAAACGGAAGACAUACAAUCUUCACAACCAAGUACACCAACAACGGCUUUUUCAACCGUUGGAAAUGGAUCAUCACUGGCAAUUUUAAAACCGGCAAUGUCAGCUAAGGCUACAUCGGACAAUUAUCAAUCGCCGUUAACAGUUCUAAUAGGGAAUGGUACGAACUUAUGCAUCAGUGAAGCAUCUUCAGAUAGACAACCAUUUGUUAUGCAAGUUUCUUCCUCGGCUUCUUCAGAUAUGCCCUUACAGUGUGUUUAUGUUCAACCGCCAACUUAUGAUCCUUCUCGCUUAUCACUACAACUAAUGCCUAAAGUCACGGCCUCUAGUGCUCCACCACAUUCAGUAAUCGUGAGCCAACCUUCCAGAGUUGUAGCCGCUGUUGAUACGCCCAAAAGAGAACCUCUGUUCUACCAGAAAUCUAAAGUUAAAUGUCCGUCUCUAGAAGAUGAUACAAACGCCCAAGACGAUGGUGGUGGUGAAUUCAAAUUGGCUCCUACCCCAGCCCAACUUGGUCGAGCACCUUUGCAAAGACGUCAAUCCAUGGCAGUUAGUAUACCUUCACAAGGAAGUGCUGAGGGAAGCCCGGACCUGCAGUCGCCUUGUGCCAAGAAAAGUUUCUUCAAGCGAAAUAUUGAAGACGGAAUGGACAAUAUCCUCUUCCACAGAGUGUUGGAGACUGUAAAUUUCGAAGCCAAAUUUUCGUCCCUUCCUCGAUUCCAACCAUGUGAUGGCCAAUCACCAAGCGCCAUUUCCAUUCCAAGUCCUUCAUUGUUUAAUUGCGGAAACUUAAGACGAAGGGGGCCGCCUUUAACGGCACCUGCAAGAGGCCCCGAAGAAGAUCUUAGUUCUGCAACUGAAGCUCCUUUAUCUUUGCCUUCUGCUCAUCCCGUAGCAGGUACGCAUUUCUUCGGGCCCGAUUUUUCUUUGGAGAACAUUAGGGAAUUGCAGGAGGCAGAUGAAGGGGCUUCCCCUUCGCCUCGUACUCCGCGCACUCCUGGAACUAAGGACCCUGAUAAAGGUCAUAGAAGAACAUUAGAACAAAGGCGUCAAUUAGUGAUGCAAUUGUUUAAAGAUCACUCGAUCUUUCCGUCGUCUAAAGCUACUUCCAUGUUCCAAGCGGAACAUUCUGAUAUUUUUCCAACGAGAGGCACUUUACAACUUAAGAUACGUGAGGUACGACAGAAGCUAAUGGCGCAAAAUAAUCAAUUAACUCCUCUUACUCCCAGCCCCGGACCACAAUCAGCUGGACCUCAUGAACCAUUAAAGGUAUCCUCCAACAGCUAGCCGGAUAAAUCAUUUGAUCUAAUUACGUCUUCCUUCGCACUGUUUUUAAUGCGAAGUUCAUUAUAAGUACGUUAUCGGCGAUGACAGAAUUUUAAGGCUUACCCAAAAGAUAUAUCGUCAGGGGUAAUAUGUCUAUAAAACAUUAAUAUGUAGUAAUGCCUAUAAAACAUUAAUAUUAAUAGGUUAGUUGUAGUUUGAUGGAUAGGGUUACAGACAAUCAAAACGCAAGCUGCCAAGAGCCUAUUGAAGAACUUUCACAUACUUACCAUAACAUUCUCAUAAUCUUUCACUUUAAAAAAUUCCAAAAAUUUUUUUUCCUUUUGGCAUUUCCAAUUAUUCUUCAUAGUUGAUGCUUUUGCAUGUCCACUCUAGUUAAUUUACCAAAAAAGAAUUUAUUAACACGUUAAAACAAUUUUUAUCAUUUAAUGUAUUGCUAUUUAUUUUAAUAAAAUGUGUUUAUUUUUUAUAUAUAUUAUUUAAAAGGUUUAUUAAUGAAAAAUAUCCUUAAAUAUAAAAGAAUUAAAUGAAUGGUUUAGCUAAAUCGUCUGAUGAGGGCAUGAUAUUGCAUUCGUUUACUGUGUCAUUGCUAUGUUUGGGUAAGACUUAAAAUUUGCAAUAUUAGAUGUAGUACUUUGCCCUCGUUCUGGGUACCAUAGACUAGCGUAAGCGACCCCCUUUGUUAAAGCUUAAUGGUCUGCAUUGCAUUGUUUAAAGAAAGUACUUUAAAUCAGUUAAAUUUAUUUGUAUUUUCACAAUUGUUUCAAGGCUAUAGAGCCUAUUGUUGUGACACAAGUAAAAGUGCCAAGUCUUUAAUGUUUUUUGAAAUUUUAUUUGCCAUUGUAAUUUUGGUAAUCUAUAGGUAUAUCUAUAGUUUGAAGAAAAUACAGAUAAUUCCUUGGAAAUGUCGAAGUAAAAAUUAUAGUUAUUUAAUCUA